AUGACGGAUUUCCUCUCCACCAGCAUCAAAUACUACCUGCUACAUGCCACGAAAGGCAAAGCGACCGCAUCGCUGGACAAGAUUGAAGUGAAGGCACAGGCGGCUGAAUCGAAGAAAGCCUCCAAAGCGCAAACACCACAAGCUCCAGCUCCCGAAGACCAGGACGAAGACCAGGACCAAUUCGGACGCAAUCAAAAAGAGCUUCUGGAGCUUUGCAAGAGGCGCUUCUUCUACCGGCAGUCAUCGGACAUCUAUGGUGGUGUUGCAGGCUUCUAUACCUAUGGCCCACCAGGUUGCGCCGUGAAGAACAAUAUCAUCAGCCUUUGGAGACAGACCUUCGACAGCUGCAUUAUGCAGCAUUCUGUUCUCAAAGCUUCUGGUCAUGUAGAUCGCUUCAAUGACUUUAUGGUGAAGGACGUCAAGGACGAGUCCAAGUUCUUCAGAGCCGACAAGCUCUUAGAGGAGGUCAUGGAAGCCAAGCUGCAAACACCAGGCAUCACUGAAGCACAGAGGCAUGAGUACACCACUGUGCGAAACCAGGCGGAUGCCUUCUCACAGAAAGAGAUGUGGGAGAUGUUUCAGAAAUACGAGAUCAAGUCCCCGGAGACAGGAAAUGACUUGAGCGAGCCCUACGAGUUCAAUUUGAUGUUUCCGACCCCAAUUGGCCCAGGUGGCUAUUUGCAGGGUUACCUACGACCAGAGACAGCACAGGGCAUUUUCUUGAAUUAUAAGUAUUGCUUGGAGCAGAACUCGAACCGCCUUCCCUUUGGUGUGGCGCAAGUGGGGCGCUCUUUCCGCAAUGAGAUUGCGCCCCGGGCUGGCCUUACAAGACAGAGAGAGUUCACCCAGGCAGAGAUCGAGUAUUUUGUGAAUCCCAAGCAGAAGGAUCAUCCAAAGUUUGGACUGGUGGAAAGUACCGUGCUGACUCUAUUCCAUGCGGAUGCACAGCUCUCUGCACAAGACCCUGUCAAGAUGACAGUUGGGGAAGCAGUGCGUUCGGGUCUCAUCAACAAUGAGACUCUGGGCUACUUCAUUGUUAAGACAUGGCAAUUCCUGGUCAGUAUCGGAUUGAAGAAGGAAUACAUUCGUUUUCGUCAGCACCUGCCGACAGAGAUGGCUCACUAUGCCUGUGACUGCUGGGAUGCAGAGAUCUUUGGGUCCUAUGGGUGGUUGGAGUGCGUCGGAAUCGCUGACCGCUCUGCGUUCGAUUUGACAGCACAUGCUAAUGCAGCAAAAUGCGACUUGCAAUACAAGGAGUCAUUGGAGAAACCCUUUGAGCGAGAGAUCCUGGUCCUGACCAAGAAAUCCGGGGUCGAGAUCAUGAAGGCGUUCAAAAAGGAUGGAAAGAUGGUGAAAGAAUUUGUAGAGGCACAGCCACAGGAGGAACUAGAAUGUAUUGCCAAGCAACUGGAUUCCAGUGGAGAUGCUGAAGUUCAGAUCGACGGCAAAGCCUUCACAUUAACCAAAGGCCUUGCUGUCUUCGAACGGAAGAAAGAGAAGGCACCACUGAAGGGGCCGGAAUUGCUGGAAGCCAAAAUCACCUUGAAGUAG